ACCUGUGAGAGGCAGCAACGAGCCGCAAAGCAUCCAGUCUGCCGGAAAUCCGGCCAAGAAGAAGCAGAAGAAGAAGAAGAUGACGUCAGACCGGAUGUGUUGUUCAUGCUGCAGCUGUCAGUGAAAACACACAGAUGGCCGGCAGCAGACUAGAGAGGUUUGGGACUGUAUUCACCCGGGUUCGAGAUCUGAUGCGCUCCAGGGUCAUAAAGCCACAAGACAAACCCAUCUGGUAUGAUGUUUAUGAAGCUUUUCCACCCAAGAGGGACCCGCUCUACGUGAAGCCACAUACAAGACGCUCUACCAAGAACCAAGAAACUGUGCCUGACAUCUUUUACAGAGAGGAUGAAGUUAGAGCGAAAUUCUAUGAGCACUAUGGGUUGGGUCCUCGGCCUUUGGAUCUGUCCAAGUCCAACUUUGUUUCUACAUGUCAGAGGUUUGUAGACAAGUACACAGAGUUACAGAGCCUCGGUGAGCUGGAUGACUCUGCUGUGUUUGAGGAGACUGGGAAGGCUUUACUCGCAGAGGGCAUCGUGCUGAGAAGGAGAGGAGCUCCUCAUGUGUCAGCAGAGCACAGGGAUCCAGUGCUGGAGCUGAAGCUAACAGAUAUGCUGGCAGAGCAGCAGACAGUUGACGCUGACGGCGGGGAGACAACAGACACCACAAACACACCCAUAGACCUCAGCAGUUCAAAACCCAUUUGAUGAGCUGCAGAUUCUCCACACCAGAUGUGCUGUUUGACUUUAAGAAGCUGUAGUUCUGUUCUGCUGCUCCUCUGGAAGUGAUGGUCAUCCGUAGAAAUGGCUUUAUUUAAACCACCAUUCAUGACAUGGUCCGUUGUCCGAUCUCGCCCGACAUCAGGAACUGCUCUGUGGAUUGUUUGGAUGCCAGCUUCAUGUUCCCUAAACUGAUGUCACUUAGAUGACAUUUCCACAGUGUCCUGCAGCACCAGCAGGAUGUUGUCAUUCAAGGAUCAAGGAUCAAAAGAGCUAUAAAAACCUGAGUCUACAUUUCAGUGGAAAAAGUCCAUCACAUAUGUUAUAUAUUUAUUUGGAAGUAUGUAACUGCAUGUGGAAUUGAAAUGUGAAAUUAAAGUUACUCUCAGCAGCGUAACAUAAUUGUGA